AUGAACAACUCCGAAUUAAUAGGGUUUCUCAUGCCUAGACUCUGUCAUAAAAAACCAUGUUGCCCUUGAAAACUUGUCUUCUUCUUUUGCCCAUCUUUAUGAUCCUUCUUCCAAUAGUUCAACCACUCUCCUUCAACAUAACUAACUUUAGCAACACCGAAAGCGCAAGCCCCAUUGAAUACGCCGGCGUAGCCAAGACUGAGAACGGAACCGUUGUGCUGAACCCACUCAUCAAUGGCGGAGUUGGACGAGCCAUCUGUGUCCAACCACUACGCCUGAAAAAAUCUUCUAACGAAGAUGUCACAGACUUUUCAACUCGUUUUUCAUUCUCUAUCAACGCGCCUAAUAAAACAAACUACGCUGAUGGCUUUGCCUUCUAUGUGGCACCACUUGCCUUGGCGUACCAAAUUCCACCCAGUUCAGGUGGUUUACGUCUCGGGUUAUACGAUGACAGCAAACCCCAAAAUAGCUUCGUUGCUGUUGAAUUUGACCCUUAUGUAAACGAGUUCGACCCACCAGUGCAGCAUGUAGGGAUCAACAAUAACUCUAUUGCAUCCCUUGAUUAUAAGAAGUUUGAUAUUGAGAGAAACAUAGGGAAGAUGGGGCAUGCGUUGAUAACCUACAAUGCUUCUGCCAAACUCCUUUCUGUCUCGUGGUUCUUUGAUGGAACUAGUUCUGACGCUAAUUCUCUUUCGCACCAGAUUGACCUAGGGGAAAUUAUUAUGUCAGACUGGGUCGCUGUAGGGUUUUCGGGAUCAACCGGCACGACCAAAGAGGAAAAUGUUAUCCAUUCAUGGGAAUUCAGUUCCAGUCUUGAUUUAAGUUCCACCGAUCCAGAGGUAAACAACGAAAAUGAUGAUGACAACAAGAUUACCAAAUACAAGGUUCAGGUCAAAGUAGUAGUUGUUGUUGCAGUGGUUUGUUCUAUUAUUGUUGUUAUCGUGGUUAUUAGUGUUACUUGGUUGAUCAUCAAGAAGAGAAGAAGCGGUGAUGGUUUUGGUUUGGAUAGAGCAGCUAUUCCAAGAAGGUUUGGUUAUAAGGAAUUAGUUGCAGCUACCAACGGGUUUGCAGAUGAUAGAAGGCUCGGAGAAGGAGGCUAUGGACAAGUCUACAAAGGGUUUCUGAGUGAUUUAGGGCGCGUGGUUGCGGUGAAAAGGAUCUUUUCUGAUGUUGAAGAUUAUGAGGAAAUAUUCACAAACGAGGUGAAGAUUAUAAGUCGUCUUAUGCAUAGAAACCUUGUGCAGUUCAUGGGGUGGUGCCACGAGCAAGGGGAGGUAUUACUGGUUUUUGAAUACAUGGUUAAUGGAAGCCUUGACACUCAUUUAUUUGGUAGCAGAAGAACUUUGGCAUGGGGUGUGAGAUACAAGGUGGUGUUAGGUGUGGCGAGAGCACUUCGAUAUCUUCAUGAAGACGCGGUGCAGUGUGUUCUUCAUAGAGAUAUUAAGUCAGGUAAUGUUUUGUUGGACACAGAUUUCAAUGCUAAGGUUAGUGACUUUGGGAUGGCGAAAUUGGUGGAUCCAAGAUUGAGGACUCAGAAGACAAAGGUGGUGGGGACAUAUGGGUACCUGGCUCCUGAAUAUGUAAAGGAAGGGAGGGCUAGCAAGGAAUCUGACAUGUACGGUUUUGGAGUUUUGGCUUUGGAAAUAGCAUCUGGAAUAAGGACUUACCGGGAUGGGGAGAAUAAUCAUGUGCCUUUGACGAUUUGGGUGUGGAAACAUUACGAGGAUGGAAAUGUUUUGAAUGUUGCCGAUAAGGGAUUGAACGGUGAUUAUGAUGUGAAUGAAAUGACUUGCUUGCUCACUGUGGGAUUAUGGUGUACCCUACAAGAACACAAGAAAAGGCCAAAUGCUGAACAGGUUAUUAGUGUUCUUAAGCAAGAAAAACCAUUGCCAGUGCUUUCAGCAAUAUGACUUGACUUGCCUCAUUGUCCUUUUCAGGUUUCCAAUGGGCAAUCUUUUUUCUUUUGUAUCAUAUAACAGGAAUCAGAUUGCCCAUAUCAUAUGUAGCAUGCUUUGGAUGAGUUCUAAGCAUGUGUGUUUUGUAUCAUAUGUAUGUUUUCAUGUAAAUAGUCUAUUAUAAUGUAACUUUUGAUUCUAAUGUGAUAUGAAGAGUGACUACAAUAUCAAAAUAAAA